UGUUUGUCGCCUUCUCCUUCACCUCCGUCGUCGACUUGAUCAUCUCGCUGGAGGAGGAUGGCUACAUUUCUGGCUUCGUGGAGCUCUACGUCAGAGAGGGCGAGCCCUACCUGCGCACGGCGCACGGCAUCAUGAUCUGUUACUGGGACGGCAUCGUCCACUACGGGCUCUACCUCGCCAUGAUCGCGGCCAUCGGCCAGAGGAAGAGCUACAGGAACCUGGGUCUCUUCUGGCUGGGAUCUAUGAUGAUGAGUAUCGCCGUCUUCCUGCUGGGGAACCUGNCAGGGAAAUACAGCUCCGACCUCAGCCCUGCCUUCCUGCUCAACCUGCCCUACGUCCUCAUCCCCGUCUGGGCUGGGGUGAAGCUCUUCCAGCAGCACAAGCCCGUGCCGUGCCUCAGCCCCGAGGAGGUUGCAGAGGAGCAACGGAAACCCCUGUACCAGCGGCCCCAGGACAUGGGGCUGGUCCUGCUCCUGCUCCUCACCGCCGCGUUCACCUUCUUCAGGGGGAUGGUGGUUUUGGACUGUCCCGCCCACUCGUGCUUCGAGUACAUCUACCAGUAUGAGCCGUACCUGCGCGACCCCGUCGCCUACCCCAAAGUGCAGAUGCUGAUCUACAUGUUCUACGUCCUCCCCUUCUUCUGCCUCUGCAUCUACGGGCUGGUGCUGCCCGGUUGCUCCUGGCUGCCUGACUGGAGCCUGGUGUCCGCCGGAGCCGUCGCCCAG